GGCAGUGUGUGCGCUGCACGAAAAUGCACUCGGAUGCCGCCGCUGUCAAGCAGUUGAGCCAGUCCCUACAGUCCAGCAUGGGUGAGCUUGAUGCAGGGGAAGGAACCUCUGAUUUUCAGCUGAACUCUCAUCUAUCAACACUGGCAAAUAUUCACAAGAUUUACCACACCCUCAAUAGGCUGAAUCUGACAGAAGACGUUGGGCAAGACGAUCACCAGACAGGAAGUCUCCGAUCUUGCAGUUCAUCAGACUGCUUUAGCAAAGUGAUGCCUCCAAGGAAAAAGAGGAGACCUGCAGCCGGAGAUGAUUUAUCUGCUAAGAAAAGUAGACAUGAUGGCAUGUAUAGAAAAUAUGAGUCGACUAGAAUAAAGACAGAGGAAGAAGUCUUUUCAAGUAAGAGAUGCUUAGAAUGGUUCUAUGAGUACGCAGGGACUGAUGACGUUGUAGGUCCUGAAGGCAUGGAGAAAUUUUGUGAAGAUAUCGGAGUUGAACCAGAAAAUGUAGUUAUGCUUGUUCUAGCUUGGAAAUUGGAUGCACAAAACAUGGGUUAUUUCACAUUGCAAGAAUGGUUAAAAGGAAUGACAUCGCUGCAAUGUGAUGCAACAGAGAAACUGAGAAAUUCCUUGGAUUACUUGAGAUCCUUAUUAAAUGAGCCUACAAAUUUUAAGCUAAUUUAUAGAUAUGCAUUUGAUUUUGCACGGGAAAAGGACCAGCGCAGCCUAGACAUAAAUACUGCCAAGUGCAUGUUAGGACUUCUACUGGGAAAAACAUGGCCUCUUUUUCCAGUAUUCCACCAGUUCCUAGAGCAAUCAAAAUACAAAGUUAUCAACAAGGACCAAUGGUGUAAUGUGCUAGAAUUCAGCAGAACAAUUAAUCUUGACCUCAGUAAUUAUGAUGAAGAUGGAGCAUGGCCAGUAUUGUUGGAUGAAUUUGUGGAGUGGUAUAAAGGGAAACAGAUGACAUAGGAGUUUACUAUGCACAGCCGCUCAAGAGUCACUGUUACCACAGUUGUCAACCAUUAGCCAUAAACUGCUGUUUGUAUCAAAGCGCAUGCUGCUUUUCUUGCACUGUAUCCCUUUUGCAGGGAACUUUUGGUGUUUGCUAUUUAACAGGCCAGCUAUGCUUGCUGUGUAGCAUUGUUCUCUUUGAAGGCUGCUUUGCAUUUUGUAUUUACACUACAGAUUGGUGAGCUUGCCAGCAUCCUCACUGUGAUUAUGUGUAUAUUGCUGUCUAAAUUUUGUAUAUGUGUAUAAAAAAGCUUCACCUAGGGAUUAUUUCUGGAGAAAUGUAUUGUAAAAAUAAUUUUGUGGCAUAUUUCUAGUCACCUUCAAUGAACAUGUAACUUCUAGUUUUUGUUUUUCAUUCGGUCUCAAAUGUAGUGUUUCAGAAAACAAAAUUAAGUCUGUUUGAACAUAGUUAUCAUGAGGAGGAACUGUUGGCAGUUCUAAUUUUACUGUUUAAGAUGCCAAUUUUUGAGACAAGGAGAGGUGCAUUAUGAUUUUCUUCACAGGCAUAUGUCAAACAUCACUUUUGUUUAGUAAGAAGUAUUGAUGUCUUUUUAUUAUUAUUAUUAUUAUUAAUAAUAUUAUUAUUAUUAAAAUUGUAAUAGUUGUACAUGCCACAGAUGAUUUCCACUUGGAGAAGAAAGUCCUGGCUUUUUAAUGUCAAAACUGCAGUAGUUUGAAUAUAGGUACAAGUGAACAAAUUAAAGUACCUUUUAAAAAUGGGUUUUAGACUUUUGUAAAUUGCCUUUGGCAUAUUCCUUUUAUUUUUGGUGUACCAAGACUGUUCGAACUAUGUUGCUAUAAAGUGAAAUUUAAACUUUUUAUCUAAAAUUAGUGUUUAGCUGCGGAAUUAAGGCUCAUUAUUCCCAGCCAACAGUUAAACCUAUGUUUAGUUUUUGUUUGUAACUUUAGUUAGUCUUUCCCAUGCUAUAAUUUUGUGUUUCUAAGUAAGUAAAAAUUAUAUUGAAUAGUGAAAGCCUAAGUACUUUCAUGCUGGGGAUUGGAUUUUCCUGGCCAAAUGUCCAUUGCAGGCAAUGGGCACAUUAAACACCAGCAUUAAGGAGUUAAAUAUACAAUACCAUUAGUAAGGGCCACUUCUUAAUUUCAUUAAUUUGAUUAUUUGUAUAGGAAAGUUUUAGCCAUUUAUUUGAAGAAAAUGAGUGACUGGGAUGUGUUUUUAAGUUCUGUAUUUUGUCAUGUCAUCUUUGACUUCCGUUUCAUAAAAUAACAUCAGUAUUAAUUUUUUUUAAAUAGAUUGUCAUAGUUUCUGGUGCUAUUAAACUUAUACUUUGGUCCCUAAGGAUUUGUGAGCAUGGUCCCAAAAUGGUAUAUUUUAACAAAGUCAGCCACUGAAUAUUUUGGAAUAAAGCAGUAACAUUACUUCGCUGCAGAAAUAUUUUUAAAGGUAUUAGCAGUUUUGAAACCUUUCUAGAUUGUGAUCCUAAAAAGUACUUUAUGUUGAAUGUGAAAUUUUCAGCUGUACUGAAGGCCCUAUUCUGCUCUUACUAAAGUCACUGAUAAAACUCCUGUUCACUUCAGUGUGUGCAGAAUUAAGCCUAGUUGACCAAAAGCAUACUAAUCUUGCUGCUCUGGACCAGAGUCACAGUUCCUUUGCUAUUAGUGGUCAUUUUGUGUUUAAACUUGUUUUUUCCCUAAUUCAGUCACCUAAGACAAAAGUUACGUAUGUAUAUCCAGUAUAUGCGCAUAUACAAAAUCUAUAAUCAUGUUAUGGUAAAAUGCAUAUACUGCCUCCCCCCACCAUGUUUUGUCAUGGGAUUAAAAAACAAAUAGAAAUCUUAAAAUUUCAUAGUGACAAAGCGUAAAUAAUUGUUGCCUGUUUGUAAGCUGUUACGUUAUAACAUGAUUUACGUGUUUGAUGCCAGUUUGCACAAGUCAGUAAUUAAAUGGUGUGUGGUAUUUAAUGUUUACAAUAAGUCUCUUAUUAAAACACAUGUGUUUUAAUAAGACUUCUAAUGUAAAUGUAUAUAUUACAGUGAGUAUAGCCAUAGGGAAAAUAUCUGUGGAGCUACUGGUUUAGUUCUUUUAAAAAGUAAACUUGGAAGCAAUAUAGCUUGUAAAAUUAGGCUAAAUAGUGGUUGCUAGAAAACUAGGUAAAACCCUAUAAGUGUUCUUACAUGUUAGGCUAGUUACAAUUCCAGACAAGUUUUUAGCACAGUGGCACAGUUAAAAUACAAGAUUUGUUGCAUAAUUAAUUUUGUAUGUCAUGAAUAAUCUGGCUUCCAAUAAUGGAGGCAGAAGCCAAAGAAACUUGUAAUCAUUAUAGAUAUUACUCUCAUAAUCAGGGUCAACAGAAAUCUGUUCAGAUCACCCAGAUGUUUUUUGCAGAUUUUACUUUAACAGAAUCUAAAAUUUAAUUAACCCCUCCCCUCACACAUGCACUUUUUACGGUUACUUAUGCUGGGUAAAUUGAUAUACUGCUCUUAUUUGCUUUGCAUACAGUUCACGGGGAGCAGGGCCCAAGGAACUGGUUUGAAUGUGAAACAGGUUAAUAGUGACUGAAAAUACAUACUUUUUCAUCUGCUUCCAGUUUCCUAUAUGAGUCUCCGGUGAGUUUCUAAUAGGUGUCCUCUUAAAUCAAAUCACUAAUAUAUCUGCAGAUAAUUUUCACUUUUGUUGGCAUUUACAGUGUAGAGGCCAAAAAAAGAAAUGGACCCAAGACUGAACUAAGCCAAUCCACGUUGACUAGUUAAUGUAUGGAAACUUGCACUCCUGUUGCUUGAGCUGUAUCUGGUCUGUGGAUAAACAGAAGACUUCAUGGCUUUCAGUGAUAAAUCUCAAAAACACUACCCUUUUUUUUUUUUUUUUUUUUUUUUUUUUAACAGUGGGAACUCCCUAAACAGUUCACUUUUGCUUUUUGUUCUGUACACUUUUCUUUAAAUGUAAUGAAAUGACUGGCACUUCAGCUUAUUCCUUGUUUUGCAGGAGAAGAUGCACAAAAUUUGCCAACUUCUUGACCUCGAAGCAAAAUCUGAGACAUAGAUCAUUGUGGCAAAGUGUUGCAAGUUCUGUACAUGUUUUUCUGAUGUAAAAUAAUUGUGUAGUUGAGGUUUAAUGAUCUGUGUGUUAACUUCUUUUGGUAUUCAAGAGAAAUGAGAUAGUGAGUUGGUUAGUGAGGAAAUUAGUACCCAGAUACUACAGUGUUUGGCAUCCUAUAAAUACUUAAGAUCGAUAGAUGAUGGGAUUUGUUAGAGUUCCUUAUUUAAUAGAUUUUAAGGAUAAUACUAAUUACAGGAAAACGUAACAAUAUCAAAUUUACACAUAUGAUUCCUUCUAUUGCCAAAUAGACUAAAACAAUCUAAUACUAACAGACAGGAACUUGCUCCAUUUAAUCCUAUGUAUUACCUUUAUUACCUAGUCUAGAUCAACCUCCCCCUUUCUUUCUUUAAGCAAGUCUAUUCAAGAAAGUGGCAACUCCAGUUUUCAGUCUAAACAACCUAUUUUAAUAUUUUUUAAACUACAAUACAAAUUUGGAAUGAAUGCAUGUAGUGUAUUUUAACCCUUUAAUCAUUAAGUUUCUGACUUUUCAUAGAGAACUGUAGUUUUCCCUGUUGCCUCACAAACUCAUUGUUUCAUUAUUUCAUCACAGAUGUGCCUAGUGCAAUCAGUUAGUGAGACCUGGCAUGGGGCUACUGACUUAAUGUUCUGCAGCCUUGUUUUUGGAGGGGUAGAAGUAUACCUCAGUUUUGCUAGGAUUUUUCCAGAUUUAUGUUGGCCCUUGGUCACAAGCCUAACAAAUUGUUAAAUACUCUUGAAGUUUAUACAGACAGCUUUAAAAGUUAGCUUGUGCCCCUCAUUUUAAUUAUAACUGCUAAAAUACCUCUUAUAAGCCUUAUACUUUCUCCUUUCAUAUUGUUGUAUAAGUGUAUAGACUCCAUCCACCAACUAAACUGUAGGUUGUCUGUAAAUGAGACCAAAAUGUGGGUUGAUUUUGUGUUAUCACAAAAUAGUUUCUACUGACACUGCUGUUACAGGAACAGCAGUUAACCUAUAACUGUGAAUGCUUUUAUGUCUUAGGUAUUUGCAUCUUAUAUGAGGUGUGCUAAAGUCCUGUGACUCACAACCUGACUAAAGAACUGUUAUGCCACCUUACCUGAGUUCAGCUGAUUGGUUUUUAGGUUUUGCUGGAGUUAAUGUAAAAUGAUAUCCCACAAAUAAACGGUAUUUGUGUUGGUUUCAGAAACUGA